UAGUACAAAUAGUUCUUAGUAUAAAGCCGUAAUUUAAAGUGCAACCAUUAAUCUCUCAUAACAAUAAAUGGGAGAGGAGCGGAACCUAACAAUCCAGAACUAAUCCUUAAAUCCGAAUCAAUACGAAGAGUGAAUCAAGUGGAACACAAAAAAAAAUACGAGUAAGGUUUUGUAACCCGAGACAAUAUAAAAUGCCCAAAUGGGCUAACGGACGGAAUAUUCCCACAUCCACUUGUAGAGUUAUAGUCACUUUUUGAGAAAAAGAAAAGAUUGGAGAGAGAGAGAUUGGCGCCAAGUACAUCUCGAAGUCACAAACCAAUUAUAGGUUCAUACUCUAAAAAUUCAAAUCACAAGAUUUUUCCAUCUCAAAAGAAGAACGUUGAAAGAUGAUUACUUUGAUGUCAUCAUAUUCUUUUUAUCCUCAAUUAUUAAGCUUUUCUCCUCAACUUCCUCUUUACGCAACUUAUACUUCUCCUCAUCUUUGUUUUUCUGGGUUUUUUGGUGGAAAUAAUCGAGCUUUCUUGUUGCCAAUUUCAAUUCAACAUUCCAGAAAUGUAUUUAUUUUAAGCAAAUCCAGUAAACAAAGUGGUAAUCUCACUGAAAUCGGACAUCUGUUUUCGGUUUUCCAAGUUCUGGGUAUUGAUGAUAGAGUAGCAAAUGAUAUUAUUGGAAGAAACCCGGGUUUGGAGGUUGUGCCAGUUGAGUUGAUUCGCAGUCGUAUUCGUGGGUUACAAUCAGUUGGAAUGAAUGAGGUUGUAUUGUCUAAGUUGAUAUCCAAACACCCAGAUGUAUUAACUGCUGAAGAAGUUGGUGUUUUGAUAGAAUUUAUUCAUGAUGGUUUAGGAAAUAAGAUUGAAAGUAUUCAAAUUGAGCGCCUUUUGCUUGGGGUUGAGCCUAGGUUUAUUGCAGGAUUUGAUAAGAAGGUUGAUUUGCUGCUUCAACAUGGUAUUCCUCAGGAAAAGAUUGCAUAUAUUCUUAAUAAUGUUAAUCUUAGCAAGGCUUUUUGCUUGAAGUCAUGUGAAGAGAUUCAGAGAAUGUUGACAUUUUUGAGCCGUUUUGAUGCUGUGAGCAUCAUUGCUAAGCGCCCUGCAGUACUCAACUAUGAUUUGGAUACUCAGUUGGUACCGCGAAUUGGGUUUCUUCAACGGCUUAGUGGGGGAGAUACAGAUGCUGUAGGUGAAGUUCUGAAUAGACUGCCAGCUAUCGUAACCUAUAGUUUGGAGCAUUUGCAAGGUCAUGUGGAGUUCUUCAGGUCAUAUGUUGGCCUAACUGAUCUGGAAAUCUUCAAGAUAGUGCUUGUUUUCCCGAAUGUGCUGAGUACCAGCAAACAGCGGAAAUUGCAGCCCAGAAUUGAUCUUUUGAAGGAAUGUGGAUUGGAUUCAGGAGAGAUUUAUCGGUUCCUGAUUAAAGCGCCUUUGUUUCUUGUCCUUUCUUUCGAGAAGAACCUCUCUCACAAGCUGGCAAUGCUGGUAAAGGUUGGUUAUGGCCAUAGGACCAAAGAUCUUGCUAUGGCAAUGGGGGCUGUGACAAGAACAAGUUCAGAGAAUUUGCAAGAAGUCAUUGAUUUAUUUUUGAGCUACGGCUUUUCUUCUGAAGAUAUAGUUGCAAUGAGCAAAAAGCAUUUUCAGAUACUGCAAUACAAUCCGAAGUCUUUAGAGAAAAAGAUGGAUUACUUGCUCAUAGAGAUGGAUCGAGAAAUAGGAGAGCUCAUGUCUUUUCCUGCAUUUUUGGGGUACAAUCUUGAUAACAGGAUCAAGCAUCGGUAUGAACUGAAGAAGAAGGUUGUAGGCGAUGAUAUGUCUCUGAAUAAGUUGUUGAGUGUCUCCAGUAAAUCAUUCUCCAAAACAAAGAAGCAGUUGGUCCAAGUUGGCUGCGAUUUGGAUGAAAUGGGUGCUGAUGAGAUAGAGUAACCGGUAAAUGUAUUAUAUUCUUGGUUGUUUCAAACUUUGACAUUAUUAGAUGAAAUAAUGAAUAUUAAUGUGUUGUGUUCAUUUGGAAAUUGUAUAACUCAACACUUGAAAAUACAAGUAACAUUUUUAUAUAGCUCAUUCCUUCUUUAUAAUGACAAUAAUCCGAUAUUACAUGCACUGUAUAAUUGUAUUCAUAGUCACUACCCAAUCACUUUCAACUAUGGAGUAGU